AUGGACAACCGUGCUCCAGCCGAUGUGGCGCUCACGCCCGACAUGCCCGAACCUCCUACCCCCUCGUUGGACAGACUCGAAGACUCGCCGGUUCCAUCGCGCGCGACAUCACUGGAUGCCGAUACCCUGUUGCAAGAGAGCAAUGGCGCGACCGCCGGGCGGAAGCGCAAGCUCAAUAGCUUGUCCUCCCGGGGCGUCGCAAAUCUCACCCCAGAUCAGCUCGCCAAAAAACGUGCCAACGACCGCCAGGCGCAACGCGCAAUCCGAGAACGCACCAAGGGUCACAUAGAAGCUCUAGAACAGCAGGUUCGGGACCUGUCUUCUCAAAAACCAUUUCACGAUCUUCAAGCGGCUCUGCGCCAGAAUGAGGCGAUUCGGUCCGAGAAUAGAGAGCUCCGGCAAGGGCUGAAAGCCGCCAUGGAUAUUAUACAGCCAUUGCUUAGAAGGCCAGAAAUAUCAGAUGCGCCCCCUUGUCUCCCUAUACCCAGAUCCGCCCCGCCCCCUGCACAUACGUCCCCGUUCCCCGAGACCGACCACUUCACCUCCAAUCCUCAAGGUCUGCUUCCAGGCGAGAAACCCUAUGCCGAUUCUAUCGCCAGCCUUGACACGCCCUCCCCAACACACUCUGCGCCGGCAUCGGUGAGUCGCCGGAACAGUGCCAAUGGCGGCCCUCCUUCGGCCUCUUUCAGAGUUGCAUUAGACUCGCAGCGCCACAACAUCACCCAUGGCCUAGACUUAGGCUCGGAAGAGCGGCUGGGCUUCAACUUUUUGUUGGAUUCGUCUCAUACUGUUCCAAAAGUCGACCGUCUUCGUCGCAGCAGCUCAGAAAACUUCCGCUCCCACCUAAAUCCUCCAUCGCCGGUAUAUCCACAACCAUUGAACAUAAGUUGCGAACAUGGAACCCCUGCAUAUGCUGCGCCAAUCCAGAACUUGACUGCCACAUGUCCCUUGGAUACCAUUCUUCUGGACUUCCUCCAUAGCCGACAGCGCGAAGCCGCACAAGGCAUCCCCAAGCAGAAACUAGUGGGACCUCCGUAUCCAAGUGUCUCCUCGCUAUUGAAUCCAGACAAAAGCGUUUACUCGCAUCCGGUUUCGAAGGUGUUCACGGAUAUUCUGCGCACCUUCCCUGAUAUUGCCGGCCUACCGGAGCAAGUCGCCGUGCUUUAUACUAUGUUUCUCCUCAUGCGCUGGCAAAUUUACCCAACACAAGAGAACUACCAGCGUCUUCCGGAGUGGCUCACCCCACGUCCGACUCAACUUCUUCAUCCGCAUCCUGCCUGGAUGGAUUAUGUUCCUUGGCCGGCAAUGCGUGACCGAAUUGUUACAACAUAUCAGAACUAUGCGUUUGAGAAUUGGUUUAUCCCGUUUACUCGUGGGAUCUCUGUCAAUUGGCCAUAUGAGUCUACAGAUUGUUUACUAUCAGCCGGUGACUCGGAAGAGCUAGUUAUUAAUCCUGUCUUUGAGCGGCAUAUGCGCAAUCUCGGCAAUUGGUCUUUGGGGACAUGCUUCGCGGAGGCUUAUCCUGCUUUGGCGGACACGGCUCAAAUCAAAUCACAAAAGCCGAAGCCAACACCGCGUUCGCAGUAG